UUUGGGCAAAAAUGGAUGCCAAAUUUUGAGGAAGUGAUCGAUUAUCUCAAACAAGGAAGGGUAUUACCAGUGAACAACGCUCCAAAAUGUCGCGAGCAAUGAUUCCAAGCCAGCAGAAGUUGGCUGAAAAGCUAACUAUCCUCAACGAUCGAGGAAUAGGCAUGCUCACACGAAUAUACAACAUAAAAAAGAUGCUGGGCAAUAAUGAAAACAAACCACCCUUCCUGUCUGACAAAACCAUGGAAUCAGCCAUCAAGAGCAUCCUGAAGAAGUUCCCGCAGUAUGACAUCAAACAGGGGCAGCUGAAUGUCGUCAACACCAUGAAAAGUGAGGUGACCAAAUCUCUGUCUCUGUACUACUACACCUUUGUGGACAUCUUGGACUUCAAGGACCAUGUGGUGGACCUGCUGACAACGAUAGAUGCUUGCCAAGUACACAUGGACAUCACGUCCAACUUCGACCUGACCAGGAACUAUCUUGACCUGAUAUCGACGUACGUAUCGAUCAUGAUCCUGGUGUCCAAGGUGGAGGACAGAAAGACAGUGCUGGGUCUGUUCAAUGUGGCACAUGAAUUCCUGCACGGAAAAGGUGACCACGCAUAUCCUCGUCUGGGGCAGAUGUUCCUGGACUAUGACAUGCCCAUGAAGAAGUUGUCGGAGGAGUUCGUGCCACAUUCCCGGUUCCUGAUGCCAGCUCUACUGUCUCUGCAUGACGUCUACCCUCGACGGAACCUCCCAGCCGAACAGAUGCGGAACCAUCAGUUCCUGAGUCUUCUGUCGGAACCUUCCAAGAUGUCCACUGUUCCCAACACAGACAUGAUUCAGUGCGAAUAUCAUUCUCUGGACGUAAUGGAGCGAUGGAUUAUAUUUGGACUGAUGCUCUGCUACCAACACGUGUCGAAGGCUAAGGCGUGGGACCUGUGGAAGACCGCCCUCAGCUCCGCCUACAUCAUCCAGCUGUGUCGUGAUGAAGUCCUACACAUACACAGCUACGUCGUCAACUUCUUCGACAGUCUCAAGGGACACAACAUCCAGCACAAGCGGGUGACAGAGGUGAAGGAGCUUCAGACACUGGCGUUACAGACAGCUCCUGCAGUACACCGUGAGAGGAGGAAGUUCCUGCGUACUAUGCUGCGCGAACUGUCUCUGGUGUUUUCUGACCAGCCUGGCUUGCUGGGGCCAAAGGGCUUGUUUGUGGUACAAGGGCUGUCGAUGGCCCGGGAUGAGAUCCACUGGUUGCUGCGACAUGUUGUCAACCCUCCAUCAAAACGUCACAACAUCAAGCUCUCCCAAGAGGACUUCUACGACAGACAACUCCCAGAACUGUUGUUCUACAUGGAGGAGCUGAAAGGGCUGGUGAAGAAGUACAACCAGGUGAUCCAGCGUUACUAUGUGCAAUACCUGAUGGGCUACGACGCUGUCUAUCUCAAUCAACUCAUACAGAAUCUUGCAAUGUGCCCAGAAGAUGAGUCUGUGAUCCUGUCAUCUUUCUACAACACAAUCUCUGCUCUCUCUGUCAAACAAGUUGAAGAAAAUGAGCUGUUUGACUUCCGAGGGCUUCGCCUGGACUGGUUCCGACUGCAGUCGUACACCAGUAUGAGUAAAGCCGGACUGAUCCUCAAGGAUCAUCGAGACCUGGCUCGCCACCUCAACACCGUCAUCUUCCACACCAAGAUGGUUGACGCACUCGAUGAGCUGCUCAACGAAACCGGGGACCUCUCUAUAUACUGCUUCUACACAAACCUGUUUGAGCACCAGUUCAAGCAGUGUAUGGAGUUCCCUGCCCAGCACCGGUUCAGUAUUAUCUUCCCCAUGAUCUGCGGCCACUUCAUGAACGCCACCCACCCGCUGUGUCCUGAGGAGCGGCAUUCUGUCGGGACCACGAGUGUCCAGUACGCCCACUGGUUCCUGCGUGAGAUGUCCGAGGAGGUGAACCAGGUCAUCACGGCUAUCUGCGAGGAACAGUGCAUGCUUAGCUACAAGCUGCUGCCGAAGCACAGUGCGGCCACCAUCCUCAAUACAGUGCAGCUCAAGAAGAACAAGGAGAAGAAGAACCGAGAGAUCAAAGAGCCUGAGAAACCAGGACAGGAGAGCAUCCGCAAAAACAGGGAGAACUUUACCAGAAUGGACAAGCUCCACAUGGCACUGACGGAACUGUGCUUCGCCCUCAACUACUGUAACAUCAUCACCGUGUGGGAACACGGCUUUGUGCCCAGAGAGUUCUUCCUUCAGCAUCUAGAGACGAGAUUCAACAAGGCUCUGGUUGGGAUGAUGAUGUACAACCCAGAGACCAGUGAGAUCGCCAAACCCCUCGAGCUCCUGAACGGGCGUGUGGAGAGCCUACAUGAACGUAUCAUCCAGAGUAUAGAGAACUAUGUUCAUAUCGAUAUUGCCCGAGUCUUCAACAACGUCCUCCCCCAGCAAACACAAGCCACCGACAGCACCGGAGAGAAGACUGUUACAUCCAACUAUACAAACUGGUACCUGGAGGUGCUCCUGCGUCGUGUGACGAUCAACAUCGGUCAGAUUGUCUACUCCCCCAGCCAGAAGGCAUUCGUUAGCGUUUCCUCAGACGGAGGUGCGCCCUUUGCUGCGGAGGAAUACGCUGAUCUAACAGAGCUGCGAACGCUGGCGGAACUGAUUGGUCCAUACGGGAUGAAGUACAUGGGGGAGAGACUGAUGCUGAACAUCGCCAGCCAGGUGGACGAACUCAAGAAACUUGUAAUUAUCAACAAGGAUGUGCUGAACAAGCUCCGGACCAGCUUUGAUAAUCCUGAUACGAUGAGAGAACUGUCCCGGAAGCUACAAAAGACCAAGCCCGUAUCAAGUAAGGCUGUGUCAUUAAUAUGUCCUCUGUUGCUUCACUGGCAGUGAUGAACGUAAUAGUAAACACAUUCUUACCCACUUCGCCAUAGGUGAACAUUGGGAGA